AACCCCCCCCUCUCUCUCUCUCUCUCUCUCUCUCUAUAUCUCAGACAAAAGAAUCAGAAAAAAUGGUGACUGAAUCCCUUCUCUCCCAUUUCUGCUGCUGCUCCCUGGGCUUUGUCUGAGCUGAGGGGAACUGCGUCUUCACUGUUCUAUUUCCUUUCUCAGCCUUUUUUUUUCGGGAGGCCGGGGAACAGGAUAAAGUUAAGGAAAGCCCGAGGCACAGAUGAACAGCAGUGCGGCCGCGGCGGCGGUCGGGGUUGGUACCGGCCGCCUUCACGGCGUCGCAAUGGCAGGAGCUCGAGCACCAAGCUCUGAUUUUAGUACAUGAUGGCGGGGGUCCCGGUCCCUCACAGCUACUGAUCCCCAUCAAGAGGAGCUUUGAAGCCGCAAUGGCCUCCCGAUUCUAUCUUCAUCCUGCUCUGGGGUACUGUUCUUUAUAUGGAAAGAAGAUUGAUCCGGAGCCUGGACGUUGCCGGAGAACAGACGGCAAGAAAUGGCGGUGCUCGAAGGACGCCCACCCGGACUCCAAGUACUGCGAGCGGCACAUGCACAGAGGCCGCAACCGUUCAAGAAAGCCUGUGGAAUCUCAGCCCUCCCACUCCUCCUCCUCCUCCUCCUCCGCUCUCACCGCACCUCGCCCCCCCGCCCCGGGCCACCGGAGCCCCGGGUGCUUCCGGAACCUCACCGACGUCGGUAACGUCGGCGUUGGGUCGUCUCAUCAGCUUCAGUUGGAUUCCGGCUCCUACGGGAUGAGCAGUAGGGAUUUCAGGUACCCAUAUGGAGUUAAAUCUAACACAGAUGAGCACUGUUUCUUCUCCGAAAGUUCCAGAACUUCAACGGGCCUUGGCAUAGACUCUUCCCUCAACAACUCAUGGAAUCUGAUGCCAUCUCAAAUCUCCUCAUAUCCAAUCUCAAAGGAAAACGCCGAGUCUCUUCUUCAGCGCAAUUACCCUCAAUACCACUCAGUCGAAGAUAUCAGUCACGUAACCUUAAGCUCACUCUCAAAACCUCAGCAACAACAGCAGCACUUAUUCUUUGGAAGUGAGUUUUGUUCCUCAAAUCCUGUGAAGCACGAAUCCCAGUCUCUUCGACCAUUCUUUGACGAAUGGCCAAAAACUAGGGAUUCUUGGUCUCAUCUUGAGGACGAUCGAUCCGCUUUCUCGACAACCCAGCUCUCAAUGUCCAUUCCUAUGGCCUCAUCUGAUUUCUCGACUACUAGCUCUCGAUCUCCAAAUGAUGAUUGAUGAUACGGUUCGUGGUUUGAUCAGGGUUGAAUCAUGUUGCUAGCUCAUUCAGAUUGAACUAGUUGAUGCUGUUCCUGCAUGUGGUUUUAUGUUUUGAGUUAUUUGUUUGACAGUUAAAAAACUUGGGUUGUUUCCGAUUGAAAUGUAUGUUGUAUGCAAGUUUCAAUCUAUCUGCACGCUGGAAAAUAAAAUUUCAUGAGAUUUCUUCGGUGCA